ACUGUGAUUGACUUUUCGGUUGUUAGGCAAAAAAUUAAUGCAAUGCCAUCAGUUAAUAAGAAACAAAACUGUGAUGACACAGUAUUGCCGUUCGAAUUAGCUCUCAGUAAGGAACCAUUGAACGUUGAUGGCGUUGUUAACCAGCAAACGUUGCAAGCGCAUUUAUUGUUAUUAGGAAAAUUCAAAGAACUGGAACAAAAGAAUUAUGAGGCAGAUAUGGUGUAUUUAUUAUGCGCUCAAGAUCGAUACAUAAAAUGGUUAAAGAUGAUGAGCAAUUAUAAAGAUGAAAAGAUUGUUCCAUUGCCGCCAAUUGAUGUUGCCUACAUAUGGCACUCACACUCUCUCGCCCCACGUAAAUAUUAUGAAGACUUAAAACGUAUUCAUGACGUUAAUGAAAAUAUUGGCAACUUCCCAUUGAAGGAACUUUACAAUCUCUGGUUGAGGACUGGAGGUAUGCACGUCGAUCCCAUUUCGCAAGAAAUAUGGGAGCAAAAAACUGGAGAGCCAUGGAUUUUGGAUCUGGAAAAUAAAAAGAGCUUUGUUGUGCAGUGUCCAUGGUGUCAUCAGGAGCAGAUAUUUUCAACCUCUGAGUGGGUAAAAAUUAUGCGCACUCCAGAACAUGUUGAAAAAUGUAAGUCUUUUCAAUGUCAGGCUGAUUGGAGUACAGAUACCUUGAGUGCCUAUCGGUUCUUGGAAGAUGUUAAUAAAUACAUUGCAGAUAAGUCAAAAUUUCUUGGUGGUGCUUUAAUCGACUUAACUGGUGAAUAUACCCCGGAACUCGUCAAAACUAAAACUGAACUCGUUUUUUCCAAGAAGUGGGAUAUUUCCAAUUCCACCUGCCAUUGGUCACAUAUUCUUAACCUUAUUGAGGCAAACAUCACGUCUCUUAAAUCUACCAAUCAGCUUACGUCAGCUUUACAAAAUUUUGUACAUCGCGUAGUCUCUGCGUAUUCUGGUAUUCCUGCACCGUUUUCUCUUGACCUCGUAUCUGCAGUUUUACGACAACGUAAUUUCACAAACAAAAUGGUAGUCAAUAUCCAAAUAAGUCAAUGGAUUAAUCAGGUUUCCGUCCAGAAUGAUGCAAUCAUUAGGUAUUGUAAAUUCAUGCAUCUCAUGAAUGAUAAACCAAAUAUUCCACUCGUUCCGACAUUAGACAUCGAUCUUGGAUGGCAUACGCAUAUCUUACAUGGACAAAAUUAUCGCGCAUGGAAUAGAAAGUAUCUCUUAAGGAUAAUUAAUCACAGUGACACUAUUCCGAAGAAGACAUUGAAUGAUGGCUUUGUUGAAACAGAGAGUUUAUGGUCUAGGGAAUAUAAAGAAGCAUAUGUUGCUCCGAACUCUCCAGAAAAUUCCGAAAAAUCUUCUUGUGACAUUUAUAGUGGUGGCAAUU